AUGGCGUCGUGGCUCAGCACCUCGCUCCAGCGCGCGGGCGAGCUCCUCGAGUCCGUCGACCAGAAGGCCGCUGUGAAGCUCAAGCCGAUCGCUGAGGAUCGGCUACGCAAAUCUCGCCACGACGAUGCGGGCGCGGACGAGACGCGCAUGGAGGAGGCCGAUGCGCGGAGUGAGAGUGGCUUUGGCCCACGGUCCUUGUCGCAUGCGAGCUUGGCGCCGCCAGGAAGCGCGUUGAGCGAGGUCCCCGAGUCGGACUCGUACUCGGAGUGGAGCGAAGUUGAGAACGAGAGCAACAGCGGUCUUAUCAUGGAAGACAUGCCAUUGUCGUCGUCGUCGUCGCGGUCGCUGGCGCCGCUGCAGUCGCCACCAAGCCGCGACCUUCCGCUCUCCAAGAACGAAACCACACGGCUGCGCAAAGAAAAUGCAAAGCUCAAAGCCGACUUGCUCGCGGUCGAGCGGCAGCUGGCGACGAGUCAGGAGAGGUACCGCGUCUGCGAAGACGAACUCGAAGCGCUCGAUAACGAGUGCACCGCCAAGAUCACGUCUCUCGAAACCGAGAUUGCAGCGCUCAAGCAAGAAAAGGCCAGUGACGAAGACGGGUUCACGACUGCACUGACCAUGAAAGACAACCAUAUUCAAGCCAUUCAAGCCGAUCUCGACCGAGCCAAGACGGCGCACGCGGCACAGCAAGCCGAUCUCGACGCAAUGCGUCAAUCCCUCGCGGAGAUCCGGAACAACAAGGACCAGGCGUGGACCCAAGCGGCCAGCGGCGAGGCCCGCGUCCACGAACAGCUGCUCUCGGCGCAGGUCGAGCUCAAGGAAGCGCAAACCCUUAUCGUGUCCCUCAAGAAGGACCACGCCGAUGCCAAGCAGUCCAUGUACGCGCGGCAGUGCCAGCUCGAAGCCACGAACGCGCAGCUGACGCAAGACGUCGCAUCGCUCGAGCGUGCCCCAGCACCCGCAGCUGUGCACGCGGAGUUACAGCAGACGGCACAAGCGCUGGCUGCGGCCAAGAAGGCGCUUUACGAAGAAACCCGAAAGGCGCAGUUGCACGCGCAGGAAGUGGCAACCUUUCACCGCGAGCUCACGCUGCUGCAAGGCACGCUGCUCGAGAAGGACCGGCAGCACGCCGAGGCGCUCCAGACAGCUCUAAAGCAAGCGACAAAACCGUCGCCCGUCGUCGCGAUCGAGCCCCGACGCUCGUCUUCCAUCGCCGACGACGACGCGGCACACAAGAGCCAGCUGCAAGCCAUGACGCACCGCCUGUUGGAGAAGCAGGAACAGCUCGACGGGCUUCGGGCACGCUACGCGUCGCUCGAGGUGCGCUUCAACGAGCUGCGGGAGCAAAAAGGGGCGUCGCGGGACCUCGAAGCAGGUCGCCAGCGCGGCUUGCCCCUGUACCAGAACACACAUCGGCCACAGCACAAUCGUGUCUUGAAUGCUGUCGGCGCCGUGGACCGGCAGUUGUUUAUCAUCGGACGCUUCCUUCGAGCGUACCCCGCCGCCCGCGUUGCGUGCGUGUGCUACUUGGUGUUGCUGCACCUCUGGGCCUUUGUGAUUUUGAGCUUCCACACGAGUCAUUUGAGCGACGAGAUGAUGCAUCAAAAGGCGACGCCGUCCGAGUAG